CAAGCAAACUCGCCUUAUCAAAAAAAUAAGUGUUAUUUUACUACUAUUGCAGGUUUUACGAGCUCGCGGUCAUAUCUCAAAUUUAAAGGAUUUAUUACAAGCCAUUAUAAGUGACUAGUUCAGAAUCUAAGAUGUACAAUGUGAUUGCAUAUUAUUUCUUUGUCGUGUACGUCUGUAACUCAAAGAUGUCUGCGAUCCCUAUACCUCGGAAGACGUCAAGAGAAACAUCAUACGACAUCGAUGCAUUCAUCGAUCAACUUCUCGCUUCUAGAAAAUUCGACGAGCUAACCGAAGUCUUCGCUGACAAAGCUGCGUACAAAAUAAAAAAUCUAGAUCAGCCGUCAGAAACACAAACACCAACCGUCAGAACAGACGUCGACAGAAUUAUAUGGAGUAAGAAAUCCCACAAAAAUACCGACAACGAACAGACAGACACACAUACUGAGCUUACCAGCAUCAAAUUACAUGAUGACGACACAAACAGUAAUGAAACCCGACAUCAAAACCCUAUUAUAUCUCUCAAGAAUGGUGAAAUAUUGCCCAAUAAUAGUUUAAGACUUAAAUACAAAUAUUUAAAAAGGAACGCUAAGAAAAAGAAUUCAACUGAUCAUAGUAAACUUAAAAAGAAAGAUAGCAAUGAGGAACAUGCGUUAGAUAAUGACAAACCUAAAGAUAAUGACGAUCCUAAAGAAACUAAAAGUGAAGUUAAAGAGGAACGAAGUGAAAUAAAUGGAAGUCACGAGAAACGUGAACUUUAUCACAAUGAUAGAGAUCAAAAUAUUAAAAUUGAUCGCUUAUGGGACCAAAUAGAACACAAAGGUGAACAUGGUUCCCUAGAAGACCAAAAUAAAUCUGAACAUUCUCAUUCACACUCAGAUGACGAUGCAAGCGAUGGAACUCAUCCAAAGGAAGAACAUAUGGGACUUGUCAGACCAGAAUUUAAGAGUAAAGCUGAUAGCGCGAAUCUUGAACACGCAAAUAAUACAUCAGAGGAAACAAGUGGAGAAAGCCAUCAUGGCGUCGCUUCAGACGAGAAGAGUCACGAAGCAAACGGUCAUACAAAAGAAAUUACUCAAACACAAGAGCCUACAACCAAAGGAGAAGAAAAGGUCUCCAAUAUCACUAAUAACACCAUGCUAAUAGAACAUACUAAUGAUAUGAUAAGCGCUGCACAUUUCAGAACUCAGAUUUCAGAAGAAGAACAAGCAAAGAGUGACGAGAAAGAAAGAAGAAUUAGAAAUAUACCUGACAGCCAAUUGGAGAAGUUACUAAAAGAACAAUCAACAGAUGAAGAAAUGGAAGCAGAAAAACAUGAGAAAGACACACAAGAGGAGGAAAGUAAAGAACGCGAGAAGUUGGAAAAAAUUCUCAACGAUAGGCUAGAGGAAGAAGAGAGUUUAAGGAAUGCAGAAGUAAUUCAUGAGAGAAGCGAACGACAGUCGCAUGCACUUGGUAAAUAUGAGGACAAGGAUGUAGAGGAGAGGAAGGUAGAGGAACAAGAAAGAGAAUUAGAACCACCAGAAGGUAAUGAAAACAUCUUAGAGAGACCUAGAGCAGAAUUAGAAGAGGAACUAAAAGAGGAAAACGAUAGAGAACUAAAACAGAUUGCUGCGUGGGCGGCCAAAGUGCCAAACCCCAGGGAGACAGAUAAGGAGAAGUGGAGAAUACAAUCAGACAAAAUAUUAAAAGAGACUAACGCGCGUAUGAGCAAAAUGUUAAAAGACCAAGCGAAAGAUCUUGAGAAAAGUGCAAAUAUAUCAAAAUCAAUUGAAGCGGCAAACUUGGAGAGGGCAAAAAAAAUUCUUAAAGAAAAAAUGAAGUUCGACGAACAAGCAAAAGCGGAAAAUGAACAGCAUAAGAAAAAUGAAUAUGAGAGGUUAAACAAACUUCUUAAAGCAAAGGAGCAAUAUGAUACACAAUUGAAAGAAGAAUCAAUAUUACACGUAAAACAGGCAAAUGAGCGAAUAAGAAGUAGAGGAAAGGCUAAAAAGAAAGAAGAUGCAAAGAAAAUCCCUGAAAAGAAGGAAAAAGAAGACAAAACACAUAAAAAAGAAAUCCACGUGGAACCUAUGAAAGCAAAAAAUUUAGAAACUGAGAAAGAAAAGAAAAAGGAACGGAUUCAGAAAGGUAAAAAAGAAGAACCCAAGAAAGAUCAAAAAAAGAAGAAAACUGAAAAAGUAAAGAAGAUAGAGCCUAAAAAACAAGAAGAGAAACCAAAAGCAUCAGAAUCUUCAGAUUCCAGAGCCGAAGAAGAAUCAGAACAGAUAACCACUAAAGAACAACAAAUACAAUUCAGGGCACAGCAAGAAUACCAGAAUAAGUUAGAAAAAGAGAUAAAAGAAGAUGAUGAGAGCUGGGAAGAGUCUGAAUCAGAAGCGCCUAAGCCGAGGCGACUGCAAUCGCAAAUACAGAGAACCAAACCAUCUUUUAACAAAGUUAACAUUGAACCAUUUAUCGAUAAUGAUUAUAAUAAUCGCAUAGUAGAAGAUGAGGCAGACGCAAAUGAUGAAGAGUCUUCAAGAGAAGAUGAAUUAAUGAUAAUGUCUUCUACAACUAAUCCAAUAGCGGUGAGAAGAGAAGGGAAUAAAGUUUACACCUAUGUACAAAAUCCGGAGUACGCUGAAUAUCAUGAGGAGUAUGCUAAAGCGCAAAAGGAACACCCAUAUAAUCCAACUGAUUUUCUAAAGUAGUUUAUUGUUAAUAUUAAUUCUAUUGCUGUGAAUAUUAAAUUAUAUUAAUUUACUGA